CCCACCCACCAUCUCUGACAGCAUGUGCCGUUCUUGUUGCUCCCCUUGCUGCCAGCCCAGCUGUUGUGGAUCCAGCUGCUGCCAGCCUUGCUGUUCCCCAACUUGCUGUCAGACCACCUGCUGCAGGACCACCUGCUGCAAACCAACCUGUGUGACCAGCUGCUGUCAGCCCUGCUGUCGCCCUAACUGCUGCUGCCAGCCCUGCUGUACACCUGUGUACUGCCACAGAACCUGCUACCACCCCACCUGCUGCCGCCUGGUUGGGUGCCUUCCCCAGACCUUUGGAUCAAGUUGCUGCCAGCCCAGCUGCUUCUAUGUUUGUCCUGUUGAGUUAGGUGAGAUUCCCGCAGACAACAUAUUAAAAAUCCUGCUUAUUGGUCAAAACUUUGGGGUCUACUGUAUAAAAUCCCCAGUACAAGAAAAAAAAUCAUCUGGGAAACUCACUUCUGAAUACUUACCCUCUUCUCCUGACACCAUGUGCAAUUCUUGUUGUUCCCCUUGCUGCCAGCCCAGCUGCUAUGGGUCCAGCUGCUGCCAGUCUUGCUGUCGCCCAACUUGCUGUCAGACCACCUGCUGCAGGACCACCUGCUGCAAACCAACCUGUGUGACCAGCUGCUGCCAGCCUUGCUGUCGCCCUUCCUGCUGCAGCCAGCCCUGCUGCCAGCCUUGCUGUCGCCCUUCCUGCUGCAGCCAGCCCUGCUGCCAGUCCUGCUGUCGCCCUAAAUGCUGCUGCCAGCCCUGCUGUACGCCUGUGUACUGCCACAGAACCUGCUACCACCCCACCUGCUGCCACCUGGUUGGGUGCCUUCCCCAGACCUUUGGGUCCAGCUGCUGCCAGCCCAGCUGUUAAGCCAACUGCUAUAGGGCUACCUGCUACCUCAUCUUGUAUAUCCACCAGCUGCCAACCUUGUUGCUGAUCCUCUGUCAUGGGAUCCUGUGAAACAGACUUCUCUUCUGACAACCAAACUGUCAGACUCUGCCCUCUCCAUCCUUCUUCUUCACUAGCAUCCAACAUGCUGCCACUGUCAUUCUAUUAUUUGAUUUCUUGUUUAAUAUGAAUAGGCAUGGUAAGGUGCAGUUGGAUUUAGUUUUAUCUUUUAAAUACAUAUCUGCUUCAUACCUGUGAUGAUUGUGGUUGUCUUAGGUCUCCUUUACCUAUCACAUGAUAGGUAUCACAUGAGAUUUGAAAAAAUGUUCAUCAACUUUCUUCUCUUUAACCUAACAUAUAUAUAUAACCUAUAGUAGUUACUAAUAUUUCCAUAUUUGCCAUUUCAUUAUCAUUUGUUUCUAAUUACUCAUAAUUCUUCUUAGUUCUUCCUUUUUAUGAUCUUUGCAUUGUCUACUUAGGUUUUUUUUUACUUUUAAAAAGGAAACACUGACAAAACCAUAGGAUAAGAGGGGUACAACUCCACAAAUUCCCACCACCAGAACUCCGUAUCUCACCCUCCUCCCCACACAGUUCCCACCACCAGAACUCCAUAUCCCAUCCCUCCCUUGAUAGCUUAAGGAAGCUUCCCAGUUUCCUGUCCAAUAAAAUCUUGGUUAUCUUACAAA